UUGUCCUUAAGACCGCCCUAGUACAAGAAAUCUAAUGGAUUUAGGUCUGGUAAUCGAGCACACCACGUGAUUGGCCCCGAUGGUCCAAUCCACCGCCCGUGGUGAGCAGGGCAGCCGUCAUGUUUUAUUCAUAGUGUACGCCGCAGAUUCAAGGGUAUAUCUUCUAAAAGAAUUGGAAGCUGUUCCUGCAGGAACUUUAAAUAAUUUUCUGAGGUGAGCGUUGGUGGCAGUUACUCAGGUCCCAAUAUCUGACCAAUAAGAAUCCCGCUCCAUAAAUUUAUUUUGCACUGGUACUGCAACCGAUCUGCUCUCAUUUCGUG